GGCACCAGCCCCCAUAUCGUAAGCCAGCCUCCAGCAAGUCCCUCGCACGCGCAACACGCGCUUCUUAUUAUAAUUAGGUUGCAUGCCUACUGUAGAUUAGAAGGAACUACAUAAAAAGCACAGUUGCAAGAUCGUAUUUUAAUUAUGACUGAACUACCCCCCAGUCCCACUACAGCAGCACCCCAUCAUCUCACGAAGGUUGAACCAGCCCACGAAGCUGUCGUUAUACUUCUUAAUAAGUUUACCUCCACCCUCUCGCAGAUUUUAAACCUGACCAGUUGUGGCUGACCACGUGGGGGCACCAACCCCUUUGCUUGCCUGUAGGAUGCACUCACUGAAUGUCAUCUUAAUUGUGUAGUUCCAUCAGAAUGAUAUACCUCUUGUUUUAAACAAACUACGUUAACAAUGAAUAAUUAGCUUAGUUAUGAAAUCAGAAAUGUGCCAUAACCGUUCAUCCAUCUAAGGAUCUUAGUAAAAUGAAAUAAUAAUAAGAUUACGAACAUUAAUUCUUUAUGGAUAGUUGCACAAUUCUUACUCGAUCCUGCAAAAGCGUAUACGAAGAGGGGAGUCAAGUCCUGUAGGUCCCAUAAACAAAUACAGAGGAAGCGUGGACCUCCACGCGAAAGCUUGUACAAAUUAAACUUAAACAAAAAUCUUCAGUGUCGGCUUCUGUAUUUUGUUUAUUGGAUCCCUGCAAGGAUAAAACGAUAGCUCGAUUCGUACAUGGCACAACAUUGUUCAAAUAUUUUUUUUCUUAUUACGUUUUAAAGUCGACAAGUAGGACACCUCGCUAUCGUCUACCUAAUGGAAAUGGUUGAUGAGCCAAUCGACUCCUUCCGAAGUGCGAGGAGACAGUAUAUACUUAAACUUCAGAGCGCUAAGAGCGUAACCGGAAAUAAAAAAAAAAGCCUACAGCUCUGACCUUCGACAACCGAUCGAAAAAAGAAAAAUGCACCGGCCCCCCCCCCGCCACAACAUCGUUGCGAAUUGCAAGGAUAUGGCAUAGCUAGUAUUGAGAAGUGAUUAUGGACAGGGUGCUAAGGGCGUGUAACCGACAAAAGGCUUACCGCUUCGAAAUUCGACAUCCGACGCAUCAUGGGGGAACAUCAUGAUAUUCAUUGUAGAGAUUUCAUUAAACAUGCUUGGACUUGCAGUCGACCAGGCUACCUCUCCCCAUUAAUCCGUUUUUGUGUACGACACGGAUUAACUCUCGAGAAAUGAUAAGAUCACUUUUCCGUAUUCCAUUAAGAUGUUGUUGUGUUAGCGACGCUUUGCAUAUUAGACGACGGGAUGGCUGAAGGUCACGCUGUUUCCACUCAGACUGUGAUAUCUCUUCUGCUGAUUUGCAUGAGUACACGAGCAAGUCGAAUAAACGCUCGAAGAUACACGAUGUUAUUGCAAUAGCAAGCAUUUGCAUAUAAGACAACUCGUUGGAUAAAGGUCGUACCUUUUUACUCUAGCCGGUGUCGCCUUUGCAACUCGAAAACAGGAAAAAUAAUUACUAUGCGAUACAUGUUGCGCCGCAGGAAAAAGAAGAAGAAAAAAAGACGCAGUAUACUAAUGACAGCCACCUCCAUGCUGACUGCUUUGACUUCUGAACAGAGCGAGCCAGCCCGGGUAAAGCCGUAAUUACCUCUCAAGGAUAAACGAUAAUAUCACUUUCCUCAUCACGUCUUUGGGGCGAGACGGUCGACGCUGCACUCUCAUAGGCAAACGAAGCGACUUCUAUAUAAGACGGUUCGUCCGCAACGCUUUCCGGACUGAGCUGGAAUGUCAAGUGAAUGCCACUUGAUUGUUUUCAGGUGGAUUCACUUGACAUUCCAGCUCAGGUUUUUCCGUGCGGGUGUUUGACUGGAAAAGCAGACUAAGAACACUUCACCUGCACGUCAAUGGCAAACAGGUCAGAAAGAAAGGAAUGUGUCUACCUUCAUUUGUGAGAUGUAGCUAGUCUUCACCCAACUCCUACGUGCAUUGGGGGAAAGCCUACUUUAGGAAAUGUUCAGUCUUGUUACUGCAUGUUUCUUUGCAUUUAAACUUAGCGAAACGGUGUUUUUUUUUAUCGUUUGAUUUUGCUUUGACAUAAAACAUAUUUUCCAGUUCAUCUUCCUUCUUUUGCUGUAACUACUCCGAAGAGGUUGAAGGGAAGAGUUUGACAUCUUCCUUGACAACAAGGCAAAAAUGUGUGCUAUACAAUGGAGAAGAGGUGGAAAACUUUUUUUUUCAAGUUAAUCCACUCGGGAUUCCAGAUGAAGAUUUUUUUUCUCCGUGAGAGUGUUUGACUGGAAAGACAGACUGUGGUAAGUACAUGGAUUUGCCCUCCUCUUUUGCAAUACAUAUACUAUAUAUAAUGCUUUUCUAUGAACAUGCAAGUCAUUUAUGGAAAUGCAAAUAUGAGGAACGACAAGGUUUCAUGCCUCUCGCUUUCAGUGGCGACAUGCAGGUCUUUGUGAUUUAAGGAAUGCUUUCCUAGCCCAUCACAGGAAGUGAAAACGUUUGCAAACAGUUACAUUUUUUUUUUAUUUAGAUACAAGGACAGUGAGAUCACAGCCCUUUUAGAUAGUGAGAUUCCAUAGCCAGAGUGAUGUCGACCAAUUGUUCUGCCAAGAGAGUAAAUGUUGCCUGGGCAGCGGCGAAGUUUUAACUCACGUUCUAAGCACAAACAGCAUACAUCUGAGCAUUCGUUAUCGUAAUAGGUCCUUGUAAGAUUGGCUGUCUCUAAGCAUUUUUGCAGCUGGCGUGUUUCGUUUCGUGUUAGGGUAACACCAGAACGCUUCGGUUUACCGUUUUCACUCCAAAUGCGUACCACAAGCAAGUCAGAAGGGCACGAAUGUACAUAAACAUAUUUUUCCAGUUCAGCUUCUUUGCUGCAAUUGCCCUGAUGAAGCUGAAGGGAAGAGGAUGGAAGCUUCGUUAGCUCGAUGAUCACCACAACAAGCAAAAACGUGUGCCACACAACGGAGAAGAGAACACACAAACAUCUAUCCAUGUCUGUUCACUCACAAUGAAAUGAGAGGGCUUAGUACAAAUGUACAUUUUUAUUUCCCUGAUACAUGAGCGGUGAUUUUUUUUUUAUGCUCCAUUGUGCACCAGUCGAUGUUUGAAGAGGUCAAGUGUUAGCUUGCUGAUGUAGCCUGUUAAGUAGUGCCAACCUUCAGACUCGGCUUGUUCCAUGAAACAUAGACUCUCGGCAGCAAGAUGCAUAGCGUCAACCUCGUCAGCAUAUGUCAAAAUUUCGUCCACGUGACGUGACCAUUCAGCAAGUAAGGCAAAAGGUGAUUCCGAGGCAAACGUACAGGCGGUGUGAACUCUGGCAUACAUUGUUUUUGCAGUUUUCCAAGUAACCCUGUCAGGAGGUUGAUCUGGCAGCGCUUGAAACAACACCAUAUCCGUCACAAUUUUAAAAGCUUCCACGAGCGAAGUUUUGCCUACUUGUGUUAACCCACAUUCCAAUAUCUCUUUGUAGGAGACGUGUUUGAGACGACACACAGGCUGCAUCCGAAAUUCGUGUGUGUAACCUCUUCUCCAUCUGCCACACACAUCUCUACCUAGCACAGGCUGCUCUUCAUCUGCGUCUGAUGAUGACAACCAUGCGCCAUCAAGCCGAGGAUCAACCUCAGGCCAUGUUGUGUCAUCGGCGGCUGACUUGUCUUGACUGGUCAUUACAAACCAAGUUCAUUCUAUACAGCAAGAGGAGAAAGCAAAUUGUCAUCAUAACAGCGAAGCCUCCAUAACACAAGUAAGCUAUGUCAUCCGUCAUGGAAAAGUUGGAUAAACUGAAAAAAUGUGGUGACGGUGAAAUUCAGAAAAUGAGCAACAUACCCAAAAACGAAAAGUUCGAAGUGCUGGACAUUCAGAAAAUUGACACUAUGUAUGGCGAGGCCGUAUACGUGGAGCUCCGCAUGGAAAACGACAAGCCAGUGAAAGUGUAUCUACCUGGACGCUUCAAAAAAUUGUCGGAGGAAGAGCUAGAGGAAAUGCGACUGCUUCCAAAUCUCAAAAUGGAGAAGAAAGAACGGUUUACCAAAGAUGGUAAAAAAGUCAUUUCGCCAGAUAUUAUCUUCACCAAUUCGAAGAGAAAGUGAUGAGAUAUGGUGACGUGUCACUUAUGCUCCCAGCACGAACGGCAGUAUUAUGCAACAGCAUUAGGUCUUCAGAUUCACUUGGCAAAUGUUCACAAUCUUCAAGCCCCCUGCAUUCCUUUUUGUGAGACUUUGUGCACACUGCGAAACUAUACUAAUCGGUUCGAGCUACAUUUACACGACAGGGACGUUAGCGGACAUGAUGUUACAACCUUUUUUCACGAGUACAGACAGUACAUUGCUGAUGUCUUACGACACUUUGGUUUCCCACUGCGCUAUUUUGUAUUGCUUAAAGUGGAACUUGGUCGUCACACGCCAGACGAUGAGUUACAGCUCGAAAUUAGUUUCGUGCCUUCCAAAGUAGUGACAGUAUGGUCAGAGGCAGAUGUAGAACCUUCUAUCACUCAAGUGACUGCUGAAAUAGCACAAAAUUUGGAAAACCUCGAAGUAGAAGGUUCAGGUUUUUUUCUCUUUCGCAUUCAUGCCUGUAUCAUGAACAUUGGACGUUUGAUGCCUCAACUGAUUGGAUGUGCCCAGUUUGAGUUACCGCAAGAAUUGAAGCAUAAGUUUCGUUCUCUGUUGUGUGUGGACUUUGGUUUGCAUGAAGAUGAGCAGAACAUGUGUUUUGCCUUCUCUGUAAUAGCUGCACUGCAUCCUGCUACUGGUUAUCGCAGGCGUAGGGCAUCUUCGUACAGACCAUAUAUUUCUGAGUAUGUUUUUCCGAAAACAUUCCCGGUAGCUUUCCCAAAAGAGGUUGAAGCAUUCGAAAAAAAUAAUGGUAUCAGUAUCAAUGUGUACGCCUACGAAAGGGAAGACAAAUCUCUGUACCCCAUCAAGGUUGUCGAUGACGAGCGUGAGAAACAUGUGGAUCUGUUGCUAAUCGACUCUCAUUUUCUGCUUAUCACAAAUUUUAAUGGAUUAUUUCAACCUAGCGGACGGUUUCAUUGCAAGAGGUGUAUGAUGGGCUUCUCAUCAGACAGAAUCCUCAGUGAUCAUUUAAAGAUGUGUUUGCAUCAGAAGGUUGCUAAGACAAUUUACCCUAAGAAGGGAGAGACGGUAGCAUUUGCCGGGGAACAUCUCAUGUCGGAAGUCCCUUUCUACUGUGUAUAUGAUUUUGAAAGUGUUUUGUCACCUUGUUUGGAGGAAACAAACGUGUAUGAGGAUCACUGUCCUUCCUCAUUUUGCCUUUUGGUUAUACGUGCAUCCGACUCACACGUGUUGCAAAAGCAUCUUUUCCGUGGUCCUAAUUGUGUCACAGUAUUUAUGGAGCUGCUGCGGAAAUUGCAUGACGAAAUUUUAGGAUGGAUACAUGCUUUUGCACCUCUAGAAAUGACUGAAGAGAAUGAGCGUCAACAUACAGCAGCCACUCAUUGUAAUAUCUGCAAAGAAUCCUUUGCUAAAAGACAAAAAGUUCGAGACCAUGACCAUGUAAGCGGAGAAUUUCGACAAACACUAUGUCAGACGUGUAACCUGAAACUGAGAGUGCCACCCAAGAUUCCAAUCAUUGCACAUAAUGCUAACUAUGACAUGAGUUUUCUCCUGUCUCAUUUACAUCUGCUUAAGAAGUCAGACAUCAACGUGAUUGCCACCAGCUGUCAAAAAUUUAAAGCAAUUGACAUCGGCUCUUAUCGAUUCUUGGACAGUUUGAGUUUUCUGAACGCAAGCCUUGAAACACUGGUGAAAAAUCUACGUGAUAAAGGUGAAUCCAACUUUCAAUGCCUUCGCCAGUUUUUUCCAAAUGAGGAACACUUUCAGCUGGUUGUUCGUAAGGGGGUCUUCUGUUAUAACUUUGUCACCAGUUUUGAAGCCUAUGAUGAGCCUUCGCUACCACCUCGAGAUAAGUUCUUUAACAUUUUGAAUGGAACCGAAGUAAGUGAACAAGACUACAACCACGCGCAGAAUGUGUAUGAAAAAUUUCGGCUCAAGAGUCUUGGAGAGUAUUCGGACUUAUACCUUCUGACAGACACACUGCUUUUAGCAGAUGUGUUUCAGAACUUUCGAAAGUGGACACUCGAUGUGCACAAGAUUGAACCGUUUCAUUUUGUAUCCCUUCCAGGAUUAAGCAUGUCUUGUGCACUAAAAAUGAGUCAGGUAGAACUAGAACUAAUUAACGACCCCAACGCGUACCUGCUCAUCGAGAAUGGCUUACGAGGAGGUGUCACACAGUGCUCCCUGAGAAAAGCAACUGCGAAUGUGCCAGGAACAGAACAGUUUGAUCCCGAAAAAGAAAAAAAAAUAAUUAACUACAUUGAUGUAAAUGGCCUGUAUGGAGCAGUCAUGAGAGAACCAUUGCCUUACGGAGGAUUUGAGUGGCUCACUGAGGAGGAAAUUGUUAACUUGGAUAUAGCUCAGAUACGAGAUGAUAGCCCUGUGGGUUACUUUCUUGAGGUAGACCUAGUGUAUGACCGAGCAACUCAUGAACGCCACAGAGAUCUUCCCGUUGCCCCUGAAAAAAUGUCCGUUCGUUAUGAGCUAUUGUCAGACUAUCAGAAGGUGCUCAUGAAGAAGUUCAAUCUUCCACAGAAAGCUACCGAAGCAAAACUGUUGCUAACAUUAUUUGAUAAAGAGAGGUACUUUCUCCACUAUCGCAAUUUGCAACUGUAUCUGCAAUUGGGGUUGCGUCUCACUAAAGUUCACAGGGUUCUCAAGUUCAAUCAAAAGCCCUUUCUGCGAUCCUAUGUCGACUUCAAUCACGAACUUCGGAAGCGAGCUACAAACGCAUUUGAGAAACAGCAAUCAAAGCUAAUGAUUAAUAGUGUAUAUGGCAGGACAUGUAUGCAAGUCAGGAAAUUCGUAAAUUGUCGCCUCACAGUAACAGAUGAGCAAGUGUUGAAGCUUCUACGUAAACCAAACUUGAAACAGUUCCGCCCUCUGAGCUCUCACGUCAUCUUGUUCCAAUUUAGUCAGUCUGUUCUUCGCAUGAAGCAACCGCUGUACCUGGGCUUCACAAUAUUGGAAUUGUCUAAGCUGAAGAUGUUUGAUUUUUAUCAUAACCAUCUUCUCCGUGUAGCCCCUGAUACACGACUGCUAUACAUGGACACUGAUUCUUACAUUGUGAUGCUGAGUGACGAUAAAGUACUCCACGAACUAGCUGACGAGCAUCUAGACAACUCUGGAUAUGACCCUGAUCACCCACUCUAUUCGACAAAAAACAGGAUGGUACUAGGAAAGUUUAAAAAUGAGCUUCCUCGUGAUCACAUUCUUGGCUUCUGUUGUCUGAAGCCAAAGCUGUACGCCCUCGAUCUGUGCAGCAAAAAGCAGUACAAUCGCGCUAAGGGUGUUAAACAAUGUGAAGCACAAAAACUCCACUUCUCUAUGUAUACGAAUGCUCUCGAGCAGGGCACAAUGCAUAAAGUUAAACAGAACCUCAUUGUGCACAAGGACAAUGUCAACAAAAGUGUGUCAGUGACAAAAAUAGCCCUCAAUCCACUGGAUACGAAACGCUUCAUUUGUGAUGAUGGAAUUGACACGCUACCUUUUGGCUAUGGUUGAAUUUUUUUAAUGUGUACGGAUUGGUCUCUCUAAUGAAGCGAUGGUGUUGGGGUGUGCACCGUCACGAGGUUUCAUUACAGAGUUGGCAUACGGGAGUAGGAGGGAACUCAUCUGUUAUCACCCCCGCAACAGAUGUUGCCCUUCUAUUCCUGGUCCCACAGAAAAAAAUUGUAAUAAAGAUGUUACAUCCAUAUAGCUAUGGUUUGUCAUAUAUUAGAACAAUGUCAUGUUAGAACCAUGAACUAAAGCUAUUGCAUUAUUCCACAUCUAUGGUUGUCAGUGUGGGAUUACUUACAACUGUGAGUUAGGAGCUAGAGGAUAUUUGUUAGCCACGAGUGAUGACUAAGCUGAGACCUGGUUUGAUGAAUUUCAUGUCUUCCUGAAGUAAUGUGUAGCUCUUGAUGUGAGUGAAAGAGAGACAGUUUGCUUUCCCAUAUUGCUGCAUGCAUUUGAGAUGGAAAUAACAACUGACUUUGUCUGCAAGUCACUGUUUGUAAAUGGACCAUCUCAGACGAAUUUGAUUAUAUGUGCGUGAAAUAACCUGUUUUCUAAGAAUUUGAUUAUAAGAGUAUGUGAUAACCAGUUUCUAAUAGCAUGUAUGUAAUCUAUAACAACGUCUUUGUUUGCAAGUCAGUGUUUGCAAAUAGCCUGUCUCAGAUGAGAGUCACUGUUUGUAAAUGAUCCGUGUCAGAAAAUUUUUGAUUAUACAGUCAAACUUCUUUACAACGAAACUCAGGGGACAGCAAAAAAAAUUCGCAGUAAAGGUAUUUUCGUUAAAAAGGAUGUCCAUUAUUGGACCUAUAGGGCUCCAGCAGGACCGCAAAAAAAUUGCUGUAGUGGUAUUUUCAUUAAAAAGGUGUUCGCUAUAAAGGAGUUUGACUGUAUGUGUAUGAAAUAACCAGUUUCUAAUAGCAUGUAUGUAAUCAUCAACAAUGUCUUUGUUUGCAAGUCACUGUUUGUAAAUAGCCUAUCUCAGAUGAGAUUUUUUUUUAUUACCAAUGAUUCAUUAUAUAGUGUGCAAAUUAAGUUGACAAAUAAAGCUCUUUUCCUGCAAACUGAAAUUUUAUUGAAUGCUCAUAGUACACUACAGCAUGACAUAUCCUCUGUUUUUCUUGGGAAAUUUUUUCGAACAAGUGUUUCUAUCAAUCUGUCAUUGUGUCUGAAGUUGGUUGGUGAAAACUUCUGAGUGCACUCUUGAAGAGAGAAACCACAGGCUAGAAGACUACCUACAUACAAGCAGUACAGUCCACAUGUAGCAGAUCCAUAUCCCUGAAGUCGUUUUGCAUUGUAGUGAAAGGAAGAUGUUGGGUGAAUAAACUGGUAAAUUUCUUUGCAAACUGGUCGUAUGCCGUAGCUGUCGAAAUAAGAAAUGCUGUUGUUCUUAGAGAUGUAACAUAAGGUCCAGUGUUCUCCAGGAGAGGAUCUAGGAGCUGUGUUUACAACAUACAGCCCUGGUUCAGCUUUUUGACUUGCAAUUUCAUUGCAUGCAAAUGUUCCA